GUGCAUAAUAUUGAAGGUCCAAAACAGAAAAAGACGGAAAUAGUCACGAAACUUUCCCAGCGGAUCACUUGAGGCACGUCUGAGUUGAAAGGUUGAACGCAGUUGCGCUCUCGCGAGAUUCGUUGCCUGUUUUCACAACAGAAACAUAUUUUUAUAUUUUACGAAACGUUUUUCUAAAAUAUCCAAGCGCUGCAUAGAAUGCUGGCUACAGGAGCAGCUGUAACCACGGCUCUGGCCCAAGUGGAUAGGGAAAAGAUCUACCAGUGGAUCAACGAGCUGUCCAGCCCAGAGACCCGUGAGAAUGCCCUGCUCGAGCUCAGUAAAAAACGGGAGUCCGUGCCAGAUUUGGCUCCAAUGCUAUGGCACUCCUGUGGGACUAUAGCUGCUCUCCUGCAGGAAAUAGUCAACAUCUACCCCUCAAUAAACCCCCCAACCCUCACCGCUCACCAGUCCAACAGAGUAUGCAAUGCAUUAGCACUUCUGCAAUGCGUGGCCUCUCAUCCAGAGACAAGAUCGGCAUUUCUGGCAGCUCACAUUCCUCUAUUCCUGUACCCCUUCUUACACACUGUCAGCAAAACACGACCAUUUGAGUACCUCCGACUCACCAGCCUAGGAGUCAUCGGUGCCUUGGUCAAAACAGAUGAGCAGGAAGUGAUCAACUUCCUGUUGACGACAGAAAUCAUUCCCCUGUGCCUUCGCAUAAUGGAGUCUGGCAGUGAGCUUUCCAAAACGGUAGCAACUUUUAUACUACAGAAAAUCCUACUUGAUGACACAGGGCUGGCAUACAUUUGCCAAACGUAUGAACGCUUCUCCCAUGUGGCCAUGAUACUUGGAAAAAUGGUUCUUCAGCUCUCCAAAGAGCCCUCUGCUCGUCUUUUGAAACAUGUUGUCCGCUGUUACCUACGUCUGUCAGACAACUCCAGCCCCCACACCAGAGCCCGAGAGGCCCUCCGUCAGUGUCUACCAGACCAGCUUAAAGAUACCACGUUUGCCCAGGUCUUGAAAGACGACACCACCACCAAACGCUGGUUGGCACAGCUGGUGAAGAACUUACAGGAAGGCCAAGUCACAGACCCCAGGGGCAUCCCUCUGCCCACACAGUAGCUCUCCUCACUUCUCCAGCAGGGUUGCACAAUUAUGGUAACUUUCCAAUGAUUCCCAGGUUUACAAAGACUUUCCUGGAAUCCGUGUGGAAUAAUCAGAAAAUCUGGGAAUUUUGCAACCCUACUUACCAUGCAGCUGCACUGAGUGAUACCCACCAGCAAGGACCCAGCUUCCAGAAACAGGAAACCAGUUUGAAUGACAGACGGUCUCAUAAAGGGCUGCAUAUUUUGUGAAGAAAGACUAUUGAAUGAAAGACCUCUACUCAGCUGUUUUCUCACAGUAUAUUUCAUUCAGAUCAAACUGUCUGCCCUAUCUCCAGAAGUAUAUGGAUGCGUUUUCACUUGUCCUCAAACUAUUAGUUCUAUAUUUUUUCUCAAGGAAGUUUUGGAGUCUUCACUAAGUGUUCUGAGAUUGAAGUGUACGACAGAGUAAAAUGUUACACCUUGACGUAUGCGGUACUGUUUAUGUGGCAUACUUUCUCUUGUGUAAUAACAUAUUACAAAGUAACUGCUUUGUAGUUACAUGCAUGUGUUAUAGAUAUGCACAUCUCAGAUAGGCUAGUGAAUGGAAAUCAACUGAAAUCAAGCUGCUUCUGUGUUGUGUAUAUUACAGAGGUUGCUGCAAGGUAAACGUGUUGGCGUGCUUCAGUGUUAACAGAUAAGGGACCCCCCCAUUUGAGCCUUGGCCCUGUCUAUCUAUGUGAAACCUGAGCUGCUGCAGUGUAUUAUUGAUGCUCUGGAACCUGAGUGGAGACUCGGUCAGAAAAAAUAAGUUAAUGUUCUCAGUGCUAAACUGUAGAGGUAACUCCGGCCUCAACACAGCCUUGUUCUCUGUCAGUGGCAAAGCAGGUAGCCUAGUGGUUAGAGCUUUGGGCCAGUAACCGAAAGGUUGCUCGGUCGAAUCCCUGAGCUGACAAGGUAUAAGUCUGUCAUUCUGCCCGUGAACAAGGCAGUUAACCCACUGUUCCCUGGUAGGCUGUCAUUGUAAAUAAGAAUUUUCUUAACUGACUUGCCUAGUUAAAUAAAGGUUAAAAAAAAAACAUUUGAGUAAUGCCUCUUCUCUUUAAACUCUCCUCUGACCUGGCUUAUUCAUCAUUUAUAAAAACACUGAUCUGAUGUGCCAAGUGUGAGUGUACU